AUGAUACGUACACUUCACUUCAAAGCACGAGUCAAAGCAAGAGCAAGAGCCAAGGCAAAUAUACCCACCCAACACCCGCCCUGCCCAAUUAUGCCACCACCAACCCGUCAUCCCACUUUUAAGAAUAAGCGUGUUGCAUUUCCGUUGCAUGCCUUUCAUUCCCGUUAUUCAAAAUCGGUUAGUCAAUGUACGGUUGGCGAGAUGUUGUGCUUGUACCGCACAUACACAGUGUUAACUACACCUCGCUUCAUGCAGUACAGUCAGAAUAGACGGAAACGAAGAAUAGCUUGUCAACGACAUGUAGAGAUAUCAUAUGUUGACGUGUUCGUUACCAAAAAUGGUAUCCUUACGUGCAUUUCCUUACACUGCAACGCCAGCUACGAUUUAUGCGUAUCGUAUUAUGCGUGCGUAAGGAGUGCAGCGGUGACAGAGUUGCUAAUAUACCAGCGUAACAACACUAGCGAGAAUGGUAAUAUUAUGCUGAAACUUCUGGAUAUGUGCACACAUGCAUAUACUUGCGCAAUAAAACGGUACUUUUAUCAAAAUGGUAAUGUUGAGAAAUAA